AUGGAUCACACCCACCAUCAACACCAACAUGGAUUGAAGAGGAAUGGUUACCAAUUCAAUGACGAGAGCAAUGGUUCUCUAAGUGAUAUUUCAGGUUCAUUGUUAAAUUACAGACCUACCUUGUCCAAUCCAUCACCAUCAUCACCAUCACCACCCUUGCAGUCCAACAACAGUAACGUCAACAGUAACAGCAACAACAACAUCCAUAACAAUCCAAUGUCAAGUUACUCAUUGUUUAACAACAACUAUGAAGCAUUACCAAAGCAUCUCUAUGGCUUGUCCAACAACAACUCAAACAACAACUCAAACAACAAUAAUAAUAGUAAUGUAGUAGUUGGCAUUGAUGGACUCACACCACAGCGCGAUCCAAAGAUACAGAGUAGAUAUGAAAUGACAUCUUGGAAACAGUUGAACCCAUUGUCCACAGGCUACCAACAACCUCUGGCACAAUAUCAUCAACACACCAACCACAAUAACAACAACAACUUCCUAAGUCCACGAGGUGGUGGCGAGUACUCAAUAUUUGGAUCAGUGCCAGAGGUGACCAGAGUACACUCUCCACCAUUCCAUCAUCAGCUACCACAUCAACCUCUUCAACAACAACAGCACCAACAACAUUAUCAACAACAUAAUCAUCAACAACAACAUCAGAGAUCAGUGCCAACAUCGACAUCACUGCCCAACUUCUCAGGUCUGGCAACAAUAGAAAACAAGGUGAAUGAGUUGGACAUGGAGCUGCAGAACCUUCAACAUCAACUUCAGUUCAUCCAACAUCAUCAUCAACAUCAGCAGCAACAGCCUAGCCAACAGCAACAGCAACAACAACCAGCCAACCCAAUAAUGGCCAUGGAGAACAGGAUACACAACUUGGAUGUCGAGCGACAGCAGUUCCAUAUGAGGCUACAAGCAAUGAAGAGCACAGUACUACAUCACAACAAUAACAACAACAACAAUAACACAAACGGACAUAGCAACAACACACCAUUAAGUGGCAACAACUCGCACUACCAACCCGGAGACAGCCCCGUCAAUCUAAGCAUUCUCGACUGUAGCCCAAUAGUGUCGCCUCGACUGGCUGGCGGUAGCACAUCGCCACAGCUGGUGAUUGACCAGUCUGUGCCAUCGCCACGACCACACAUGCCCAACUCGGCCCACCUUUUCUCACCUCCACCUCUGUCCUUGUUGACCGUGCCCAAUGCCUCUCCCACCAAGUCCGUGUCGCCGCCACCCUCUGUCCACGUGACGCCAUUGCCCGCCAGCGGUCUGAGACAGCCAACCACCCCACCAUCCACACCUCCAACCCUGGCGGCCAAUCACAACCCGUACCAGACCGAGACCUACCUGCUCAGGGACGCACCAUCACGAUCGCUGUUUGUGGGCAAUGUCACCCAGCGUCUAGAGGACUCGACGUUGCGCAAGUUGUUCUCGUCAUACGGCGAGGUCAAGUCUAUAAUGAGCAGAUGCAAGCAUCGUGGAUUCAUUGUCGUUGACUACCAUGAUAUUAGACACGCGACCGUUGCACAUCGCAACCUCAAUGGAAUGGAGCUGGACAAGCGCAAGUUGGAGAUAUGCUACACGACGUUGAGAGACCUCAACUGCGACUUUGGCACAUUGGUGCUCAUUGACAUGGAUCCCUCGGUCAACAACGCCAUGCUGCUCAGACUGUUUGGAGAGUUUGGACACAUCAAGGAUAUGCGCGAGGCUUCCAACAAGUCGUACAAGUUUAUCGAGUACUACGACCAGCGUCACGCCGUCGAGGCACUACGCUCGCUCAAUCGCACAGAGAUCGCCGGCAAGCCGAUGAAGAUCCAACAUUCGAGGGCCGGAUCGCUCAAAAAGCUGUCCAACCAGGCGUCAAUCACAAACGAUCCCAAUGGAAUCGACAUCACUCCACUCUUUGAACAAGCCGACUGGCUCAAGAGUCCGAUGCUCAACAGUCCUUCGUCCACUCCACCAGCCGGCAGUCCACCCAAAGGGUCAUCAUCAAACCUCAGCCUCAACAGUGGAUCGGCGUCCAACAGUUUCAACAACAGUUUCAAUAACAGCUUCAACAAUAGCUUCAACAAUAAUAACAACAACAACAAUAGCGUCAAUAAUAACAAUAUCAACAAUAAUGCCAACAACAACAGCAUCAUCAACAAUCUCAGCAAUAGCUUCAUCAACAACUUGAGUGGCAGCGUAACAAUCAACAGUAUACAUUCAUCAAACAAACAUCCAGCAGUACCAUUGCCAGCGGGUUGGAAGCUCAAGCUACUACAACAACAACAACUUGAUAGCGGUGGUGGCGUCAUCACGUCUGACGUGAUGGGUGGUGCCACGGCAUCGCCACCAUCAGCCGGCUCGUCGCCUCGUGUGACCUCAUUGUCCAAGAACAGUGGCAAGAGUCCACGUAGUCCACGCGGCAGCAUGAAGGACUUGAUGCAGUGCCAAGAGUACAUCCUCUCCAUUGAGAAAGUUAAAUCACGACUCGAUGCCAGGACCAGUCUCAUGAUCAAGAACCUCCCCAACCGAAUGACCCAGUCACAUCUCCUCAACGUCCUAGAUGAGAACUUCAAAGGAGCCUACGACUACCUUUAUUUACCAAUCGAUCCAACUACCAAACAUAACUAUGGAUACGCUUUCAUCAACUUUAUCGAUAUAGACUCAAUCGUGUCCUUUUACCAAGAGUUCAACAAUAAGAGAACUUGGGAGACGUACUUCUGCGCCAAGAUCGUCGAGAUCACUUAUGCGAGGAUACAGGGCAAGGAUAACUUGAUCCAACAUCUCAAGGCUUCAUUCCUUAGCAUGGCCGGUGAGAAUAAUCUGACACCAGUGAUCUUCGUCGCCAAUCCAGAUGGAACUUGUGGCGAAGUUGCCUUCCAAUAUUAG